GUAGGAAAGAAGUUUGGAAAUUUUCCAGAAGAUACUCCAAUCUUCGUUUCUUAUAGAUUCUUGUAUUAUUCUAAAAUCAGAAUACGCGGAGACACUGGAAAACCAAAUAACAAAAAUAUUUCCGCUUAAAGGAAAUUGGAAGACAUUUUUUAUCCUACGAUUUCCGCUUCUUCGUUGCUUUUUCAUUUUACCCAACCCUGUUCAGAAUUCGGAUCAUCGUUUCAUUGUGAACAAGCAUGUCUGCGUACAGAUGGAAGAAUUUCGACGAAGAAGAAGACCGACCCGAAAAGCCUCGCAGGUACGGAGUCACGGAGAUGAGAGGCCCAAACUACAACCUCCUCAGCCAGAAUGUUCUCCAGGAUAUAUUCGAGUCCAUGGGGCAGUUUGUGGAUGGGUUGAAGUUCUCUGGAGGGUCUCAUAGCUUGAUGCCAACGUCGUUUGUCAAACAAGUGAUUGACAUGGCUCACAAGCAUGACGUUUAUGUCAGUACCGGUGAUUGGGCUGAGCAUGUUCUUCACAAAGGUCCAUCGGCUUUCAAUCAAUAUCUGGAUGAGUGCAAGCAGUUGGGAUUCGACACGGUCGAGGUGAAUGUGGGAUCGCUGGAAGUCCCCGAAGAAACGCUCUUGAGAUUCGUGCGUCUAGUUAAGAGAGGUGGUAUGAAAGCGAAGCCUCAGUUUUCUGUGAAGUUUAAGGAGUCUGAUCUUCCAGUUGGGGGUGACAGAGCAUUUGGAGCUUAUAUUGUUCCAAGGCCUCCAUCAUCUGAAUUAGUGGAAGAUGUUGAUCUUUUAAUCCGAAGGGCUGAAAGAUGCUUGGAAGCUGGGGCAGACAUGAUAAUGAUUGAUGCUGAUGAUCUCUGCAAACAUGCUGAUUCUGUACGAGCAGACAUAAUUGCUAAAGUCAUUGGGCGGCUUGGUCUUGAGAGGACCAUGUUUGAAGCAUCAAAUCCCAGGACCUCUGAGUGGUUCAUCAAACAUUAUGGUCCAAAGGUUAAUCUCUUUGUGGAUCAUUCUCAUGUGAUGGACCUCGAGUGCCUCCGUGGACGCAAUUUGGGCAAAAAUCAUAAAUCUGUACUUGGUUCCUCUAACUUUUUGUUCUGAUCAGCUGGUUGCUACUUUUAAGUCAAGGACCAAAAAAAAAAAAAAAAAUUGUUUUUAUGUAGACAUUUCUAUUACUUGUUGGAGCUGAUUGUGUUGUAUGUGUUGUUGCUGAUACAUAACACAUGUUCAGUAAAAUCCAUGUGUGUAAAGAGAGUGAAGUUUGGCAGUCAUUGAGCAAAGCUCAUUACAGAUCUUGUGCGAAUGAGGUGUGUGUAUAACAACUAUCGGUAUGUGCCUGCGUUCAUGAAGCUCCUAGUUUACCAAGUUUCUCUGUAUUAAAGUCUAUAAAUCUGGAGCUAUAGCAUUUUAUGCUUUCUUCCAGAUAUUCUUUA